AUGACUCAAAAACUCCUCCCAAAGUCUGAGACCAAUGAUGAUCUGAUUGAACAGGUGUUGUGUGAUGAAGGAUAUAAACUGGCCACACAGACGGACUCUCUGUCCUGCCAGAGCGACGGCACCUGGUCCAAACACAGCAUCCGGUGCCAGCCCACCCCCUGCCCGCUACCCACCAAUUCCUCCGUUCCCCGUUUGCUAAUCACCGGGAAGGAGCUCACUCCUGUUGGAGGCACCAUCGCCCUCUCCUGCCCUCCUGGCUUCUACCUGCAGGGGUCAGCAGCAGCAGAGUGUCAGGCGGGUGGAGGCUGGGCUCCAAGCAUCACGUCAGUGUCCUGUGAGAUGGUGGUGUGUGGGAAACCCCCUCCUCUUCUCCACGGUGUCACUGAAGGCGACAGCUACAACUACGGAGACUUUGUCGUCUACUCCUGCCUGCCCGGCUUUGACAUGAAGGGAAACUCUAUCCAGACCUGCCAGGGAGACAGAACGUGGAGCGGCACUCAGCCACUGUGUGUUGUCUCUGCGGGACACUCCUGUGGGCCCCCUCCCUUUGUAAAAGACGCAGAGAUCCAGACAACAGGAGACACUCACCUGCACAACAUCAGCUAUGUGUGUAAUAGCUGAGUCUCACCUGUCAGGCCGAUGGCACGUGGAGCCUGCCAGCGCCCACGUGUGAAGUUCGCCAACUCUGUGGCAAAUGUUUGCAACACAUCGACAGGAAACCUUCGAAAACAUCCUUUCAUCAUUACUGAUUUCACACUUUCUAUUUCACAACAGGGACUGUGACAAGAGGUCAGUUACUUUGAGGUAGUCAGUCACUUGAGAAGCAGAUGCUUGAGUCACAUUCGAAGAAUUAAAGGUUUCAUAACACAGGCUGCAACAAGAUGUUUCUGAGCUGAAAAACGGUCUUCCUUCUACGUUUGCACUGUUGAUUGUGUUGAUUUUGUUGUUGGUCUGUUGUGUUGAUGUCUGUGUAUGUUUGUGUACAAGCUGCUGGACACUCGAAUUUCCCCCCAGAGGAUGAAUAAAGCAUUUUUCUAUUCUAUUCUAUUCUAAAAUGUCACCCCUGUCAUCAGUCUAUUUUGAAACACAUAAUUAUACA